GUUUAGUCUCACAUAAUUAUACCUAAAGAGUUUUAAAUAGCAAUAAACGUGUAUUCUUUGAUUCAGUGAUAACAACGGGUCGGGCAAUAGCCAUAAAGAUAUACAGCUGUAAUUUUGCACUUUGACUGUCAUUUGUGUGUAGUGAUUUGUUCACUCUGCAAGAGCGUAUUGGUUUUCCAGAUCAUGACUGAAGAGGUUUUUGAUGUGAUGGUGGUCGGCUCCUGUAUGACUGACUUGGUGAGCCAAGCACCAAGGCUACCUAAAGCAGGGGAAACCAUCCAUGGUCACAAGUUCUUCAUCGGUUUUGGAGGAAAAGGGGCCAACCAGUGCAUACAGGCUGCCAGACUAGGAGCCAAAACUGCUAUGGUCUGCAAGGUUGGUAAAGACUUCUUUGGAGACAAUUACAUCCAGAAUUUCAAGGACAAUGUUGUACACACAGAUUUUGUAGAACAGAGCUCUGACUCAGCCACAGGAGCUGCCUCCAUCUUUGUCAACAGUGCAGGUGAGAACGCCAUUGUGAUCGUGGCAGGUGCCAACAUGCUGUUGAGCAGCAAGGAGCUACAGAAAGCUCUUCCAGCCAUCAGCCAUGCAAAAGUACUGGUGUGCCAACUGGAGAUCAAUCCCCAGACAUCCCUGCAGGCACUACACAUGGCUCAGGAGAACAAAGUAAAGACUAUAUUCAACCCAGCACCGGCCAUUCCUGACUUGGAUCCAGCUUUCUACAGAGUCUCUGAUGUGUUUUGCUGUAAUGAGUCUGAGGCUGAGCUGCUGACUGGUUCGUCAGUAGCUAACAUUGAGGAAGCACAUUGGGCUUGUCAGGAGCUGCUGAAGCGAGGCUGUACAACAGUCAUCAUCACUCUGGGAUCCCAAGGCUGUGUGGUGCUCAAGGAACAGGGGUCUACCCCAAAACAUGUUCCAACUAAUGCGGUCACGGCAGUGGACACUACAGGUGCUGGAGACAGCUUUAUUGGAGCGCUGGCAUUUUACAUGGCUCAUUAUCCCACAAUGCCUCUGGAAGAGAUGGCCCACAGAGCCAAUCAGGUGGCAGAAGUGAGUGUGCAGGCUGUCGGCACGCAGACGUCUUUCCCCUUCAAAAAGGACCUACCAGUUGAACUGUUUUGAGAGCCAGGAAUCAGCGUAAACGGGCCAUGUCUCUACUGGAUUCUGCUCACUGGGAACACUGGACUGUCUUAUAAAAUAGGCUACUUUUGGAGAAUAAACUUGUCAAUAAUAUAACAAAUGUUAUUUUAACAGAAAUGUGAAUAUGACUUCACUUUGUCAAUAUAACACAUGAAUAGUGUUUAUGUGAUGGCAAUGCUACUAACACACAAAUAUGGCACAUAAUUGACUUACUUUAUUAAAUCACCCCAAACGUAUAUUUUGUAAAUGGUUUAAUUGCAUGUACCAGGUUUAAAUAUAUUUUAUUUUCUACAACAAUAGAUAUGCUGAACAGCCAUAAAACAUGUUACGACCAUAAAUGAAAUGUGUAGACCAACACACUUAUGGUGGUCUCAAUAAAAAAAACCUCAGUUUUACAGGAGUAGCAAUUUCUCGUUUAAGGUAGCAAUACUCAAGAUGUCGCUCAGGGUGCAUGCUUAACUGGUGCAGGGGGGAAACAAAUCCAAGUCCUCUGAACAUGUCAGAUGCCAGUCAGAUGUU